AUGCGACAACUUGAGAAGGCUUUACUCGAUUACAAGUGCGUAGUAACGGCACUGCAAGAGACAAGAGUGCCUGAAAGAGUUAUGAGGAUCGGCAACAACUUCACGCUCUUCAAUAGCAAUGUGACUGCUUCAAGAUGGACCUCUGGUAUUGGUUUUGCAAUUGCCAACAAAGUCAUGUCGUCGGUAGUGAGAUGGGUCCCGGUGAACGAUCGACUUUGCCUGAUUGUUUUUCGAGCAAAACCUGUCAACAUUAGCAUCAUUAAUUGUCACGCUCCAACAGAGGAAGCAGAAGAAGAGGACAAAAACUCUUUCUACACUGACCUGGAAAAACUUUACGACAAUCAGUCCGCAAACACAGUUAGGCUGGUAGUCGGAGACUUCAACGCCAAAGUUGGCCAGGAAACAGAGUAUAGACCGACGAUUGGACCAGAGAGCCUGCAUGAGGAGUGCAACGAGAAUGGCAUGCUCUUGGUCAAUUUCGCGACAAUGGAAGAGAUGAUUGUCAGCAGCACCUUCUUUCCUCGUAGAUUGUUCCACAAAAGCACAUGGGUAUCACCAGAUGGAAGAACAGUGAACCAGAUUGACCAUGUGCUGGUGGACAAAAGGCACAAAAGUAGUGUGGAAAAUGUGCGCACUUUCAGAGGAGCAGACAUGAGCUCAAACCAUUUUCUCGUCGUUGUAAAGAUUAGAGUCAAGCUCUCAACGAAAUGGAAUAAGCGACGAAAAAAAAGGAAUGCAAGUUGA